GUGUAAUUUAUAAAAUAAUUUAGAUUGAAACUUUUAGUUAUACAACUCUCAUAUCGCAAUUUAUGAAGUGUUAAAAGUGUAACAUUGGUGGCCAUUACAAAACCUAAACUUUUUUAUCAGAACAAAUGUCCAUUUGAUGUUUCGGCGACGUUGUGACUAAUCCCACGGAAAGCUAACUAAAAAUCGCGAAUUGUGCAUCUAUUUACUACAUUUAAGAUUCUCACAGUGCUCUGAACUCCAGUUUUGAGAAUCCUUGUUGAAAAUUAUUUCAAAACGUUUUGUGCCGACCGACAAUUAUUGGGGUUGACUUCUCACAAGGAACUGUCAAUUGUUACAUUUUUUCGAUACAUUCAUUUCUUUCAUCAAUAAAUAUUAAUUAGCCCCACACACUCAAGUUAAAAGCUAGAAGAUUGGCUGACUGCGUGGUGAUUUUGGUAAUUUGAAUAAGUUGGACACCCACAUCGCUUGUUGUUACUCUUCAAUGAACAUAACAUUGUGUAACAAAAAUGAUUUUGAGAUAAAUUGUAUAAUAGUGCAGUGGUAAUAGUAUCGCAGUGAAGAAAAAAAUAGCAAUAAUAUUUUAAUAAAAGUGACAAAAGUGUUGUGUUGGAUUGUGUUAUGGCGACGCGUCGCUGGUUGGAGUCGCGGAGGCUGUGGUGACAUGGGCUGCGCUGCGGCCCCGACAGACGCUGGACACAGGGAGUGAGCUGAGUGCUGGGCAUUGCGCCUGCACAACAAGUCUUGUAUUAUGAAUAAGCGAGAUAAUAGCAAGGAGAAAGAACGACAGAGUGACGACAAAAGAACAUCCGCAACCGGUGCGGUGGGCGGGCGUGGCGUGGGCGGCAGCAGCGCGAUGCAUACGUCGAGGCAUUCUGUCACCUCGUCUUCGGGCGUUCUUAUGGUGGGGCCUAACUUCCGCGUCGGCAAGAAGAUCGGCUGCGGUAACUUCGGCGAACUUAGGCUCGGAAAAAAUCUCUACAACAAUGAACAUGUAGCUAUUAAGAUGGAGCCUAUGAAGUCAAAGGCUCCACAAUUGCAUCUAGAAUACCGAUUUUACAAGUUAUUAGGCACGCAUGCGCCGUCGACAGCGGAGGGCAUACCGGAGGUGUAUUACUUCGGCCCUUGCGGUAAAUACAACGCACUCGUGAUGGAACUAUUGGGGCCUUCGCUGGAGGAUCUGUUCGAUCUGUGCGGCCGUCGAUUCUCUCUAAAGACUGUAUUAAUGAUCGCUAUGCAGUUGUUACAUCGUAUCGAGUAUGUCCAUACGAGACACUUAAUAUACCGAGAUGUAAAGCCGGAAAAUUUUUUAAUAGGUAGAACUGCAACUAAACGGGAAAAAAUCAUUCACAUCAUUGAUUUUGGUUUGGCCAAAGAAUAUAUAGACUUAGAGACAAACAAACAUAUUCCAUAUCGGGAACACAAGUCACUCACUGGGACUGCAAGAUACAUGUCAAUAAACACACAUUUAGGAAAAGAACAAUCUAGACGCGAUGACCUAGAGGCACUUGGGCAUAUGUUUAUGUAUUUUUUACGUGGUUCCUUACCUUGGCAGGGUUUAAAAGCUGAUACACUUAAAGAGCGAUACCAAAAAAUUGGUGACACCAAACGAGCGACACCUAUAGAGGUGCUAUGCGAAGGCCACCCCGAAGAGUUAGCGACGUACCUACGCUACGUUCGCCGGCUCGACUUCUUCGAGACGCCCGACUAUGACCAGCUGCGGCGGAUGUUCCGCGAUCUGUUCGAACGCCGCGGGUACGUCGACGACGGCGAAUUCGACUGGACCGGCAAGACCAUGUCUACUCCUGUGGGUUCGAUCCAGACUGGGCACGAGAUUGUUGUGUCACCCAAUCGGGACAGCCAUCAGCCCUUUCACAAGAUGGCAGCGUUGGCGAAGACGAAGGAUUUCGGCACGGGCGGCACUGCGAACACGGGCGGCAACUGGCCGCACAGUGGGAAGGCAACUCCUCUCAACACUGGCCAUCUCACGCCCGCUGAUCGCCAUGGAUCUGUGCAGCUAUUGAAGAAUAAACAUUUUCGGUAUGUGAAAUUUCCCGGAUCGGUAUCCACGGUGGUGAGUUCAACGAACGGCGAGCUAGGCGCAGACGACCCGACGGCCGGCCACAGCAACACGCCGAUCACUCAGCCGCACCACGAAGUCGACGUGGUAGACGACACCAAGUCAGUGUUCCAACUGCAAUCUGUGUAUUCCAGAUGCUGUUGUUUCUUCAAGCGCAAAAAGAAGAAGUGCGCGGCGCGGGCCGGCAAGUGACGCGGCUCGUGACGUCACGCGCCCAGUUGCUCCGCCCGUACUUACAGCGACGCUCUCACACCCGCAUUCAUCUCACGACCGAUUACAUUGAUGCCAUGCAACUGACGUUCGAUUACAAAAACCUCUAUACGCUUACUCAGAAUGCCUAAAUACAGCCAGCGUACGCUAGGCGUAUUUGUUUAACGCGGUAAGUAACGCUAGAUUAAGAUAAGUUACUCAGCGGAAAUUCUCUGUAAUAAAGGCCACAGCCUGUGUUGGAGAUUCGUGUUAUUGAAGGUCCAAGUUAUAGUGACGAUGCAAUAGAGCGAUUUAAUAAUCUAGACAUUUUUGGUGAUUGACAUAUUUUUGUUAUAUAGUGUAAUUGUUAACAGAAGUCUAAGGCAAUAAAAAGAGAGAUAGUUGAUGCGUUGUUAUUAGUUGUAAAAGUUAAUAUAUGAUUGCAUCGCACUAUAAUUUUGACGAAAUAUAUUGAGCAACUGGGUUUAAAUGUAUGAAAACAUAUUGCCGAUUUAUUUUAACAAUCAUUUAUGCUACCCCGAUCCUCGAUUUAUCAGAAUUUUUAUUCAAUAUAAUUUUAGAUUUUGUAAUUUUGAGUAAUCCAUAAUGCUAACUCAUUAUACGAAGCUAUCAUAAGUUUUAGUUUCAUUUUGACCUUCCGCGUAACAAAGGUGCAUAAAAAUGUAUUGAGUGGUUGGCAAUCAUAUUAUAUUUCAGAAUAUACUACUAUACAAAACGUUAUACCCGUAUGUACCAGUUAUAUACCUUUAUUACGUUAAUUGUUAAUAUAUAGAGAACACUUCCAUUGCGAUACUCGGAUGCAUUGAAUAACAAACAUUACAAUUUUCUGUUGUCACUACUAUUGACAUUGUAUAAGAGAUAGUACUCGUCAACAGAGUUGCUACACGCGGUCAUAGGACAUUACUAGGAAAUGUUAGGUUACGUUAGUCACUCUGAAACUUAGAUAAAUCGCAUUCUCUCAGAAUGUCCUCUGUGCAGGCUAUAGAGUUGGGGCGUUCUGUUGAGCUGUCGCUGAACUUUCAUGUUGUAUUCGUUUGUAGUUUCCAACCGAGACUACCGAGCGCCUUUCCGACAGGUUGUCAAACUGAUGUCAAUUGAAUAGUUGUUGCUUCUGGGCAAUACCGCGGAUCAUCUAAUUACCACUGCAAUAACAUUAGGCUCCAAGUUGAUACAGUUGAACGGGCGUUUAAUAUUAGCAAUAAAUAAGUUUGAAUUAUAAGCCAUGUGCGGUUAUUUUUGUGUUCCCGUCCGUAGUGAAUUACGUUAAUUUCACCAAAACUUGUAAAUUGUAUGUAGUCUCUGUGGAGACGUGAGAUUUAUUUUACCUCAUCGACAUCACUCGCAUUAUAUUCACGGCUACGCUCGCAUCGACGAUGUUCAUUCCAGCACAUAGUUCGAACAAAUCCACAGAUUUGUACAUUAGGUCGUUCGCUCAUAAUUCAUCAACACCCGUAGUGUAACAAAUACUUACCGAGUAGUUGUAUAUCGCUUUGUUCCGUUAUUACUGAAGCAGUCAAAUAUUAUUUUUGUACGUUUGCGUUCAUCACUAUUGUGGUUGUCUUGAUACAUGAGUAGUGGAUAAACAGCAGAUAUUGUGACUUUAUAAUAAGUUUGUGUGUUGAUGAGUUUCGUGUUUCGUCCGCUGUGGGUUGAAUGUUGCACACUCUCGCCGCGGGUCGGUUGUGAUUAUUUGACUUGUCAUCGAUAGUGUGUAUUGAUGAAGUACCCGCGUUACUGUUCGCAGUGGUACGUGCAAGGAACCGGUUGCUAGUGUUUAUUCGAUUUCUUCGAUACAAUAAUUUCUUCCUAGUUUUAAUUUAUCUGUCGCCACGGCUUGCAGUGGCACCUCGUUCGUGCGAAGGCCUGAGUGGGGUUCAUUCAACCUGCCGCUUGUAUGAGUACUUUAGAUUAUAACUUUAUUUAGUCAUUGUUUACCUAAGUUCGAUUUGUAUGGAAACGAAUAUAAUAAUAUUUAAAUUGGCUCCGUUCCUAUAGUGACGCCACAUAAUUUCCUAUCUUUAUUUAUAUCUAUUAUUAUAGUUUUUUAAGAGAUAACCAGAAAUUUAUUAAAAUAAGAGAUACAAUGUAAGUAACGAUUUACUUUUUCAAUACAUGCUUUUGUGACAAACAUGACCAUAUUGACGAUUGGUUAAUUCGAUAAAUGUUAUUAUUAAGUGUGCAAUAAUUUAUAUAGAAAAUCAAUACAAUAGUGUUAAAACGUAAUUUGUUUCAAUCGGUGUACCCCAUCGAGUCCCGAGUGAACUGGCUUCUAUAUUCCUACAAGACUGAAUGAAACAUUUCACCUUGUGUACAAAACACGUGGCUCUGGGCUCAUGUCAAUUUGUAUUAUUGCGAUUCACAUUUGUUUAUUAGUCUAACGAUGGAAGUAUAUCAUUUUUGAUUAGGACUUAUUGAUACUUAUAUUGAAUAGUCAGUGAGUGGUGACGACGCUGUAGCCGCGGUCGGCCGCGAGACAGUCAUUCCAAAGUAUUGGUCAGUUCGGUGCAGUGAGGUAUGUUAGUCAUUUGUUGUAGUGCAUACGUGUAGCGGCGGCCGAGGCUGCAGCCCGCGAUACUUCACUGGGCGGACAUUAUGUUAGGAGUCGAUUGCGACGAGACUGAGGUCAUGGUAGCGCGGCCUGACCGCCGACUGCCUGCGACAUGCCACUUGUUACAUAUUAUACGAUGUCUCCGAAACGAGAUCAUGUGGCCACACGACUAGGGCGGUCGCUAAGAUGAUGGUGUAAAAAUUGUACAGCUUUAAAAAAAAACAUUUGUAUAUUUUUGCUUGGACUGGAAGCAGCAAGGUUUCGACAAGCGUGAUUUGCAUAGGAGUAAGAUAUUUGUAGAUGUCACUGUGAGCAGCGCAGCGCCGUGACGGUAUACCGAAUUGUUUUCAUGUAAUCGUAUGCUCUGAUAUAUACUACUAUAGGUACAUAGUUUAUACCAAAACGUAAGUCGCGACGUUGCGCUGGCAGCACUGGUACGUCGUAAGGUAUUUUGAAUUAGUCACGGAUAUGUAGUCAUCACAAAAUUGUAUCCAAUGCAUUAGAAGUUAUUCAUUUGGCUAAGUACGUUUGAAGUGUUUUAUAACAUAAAAAAAUAAAUAAACAUCUUGUUGUGUCGUUUUCAUAUUUUUUAGAAAAGUAUAGUUAAUGAGAAUAUUGUCGAUAUGUAAAAGGAAAUUUUUAAAUCAAUUCUUUAAAUAAUGGUUUUUGAUAAAUUAUUGUAAACAAAUUGAAGUAUUCUUCUCGUUAAAUGGAUCGUUAAUACUUAUCGUACAACCAUUGCAGUAUAAUCGAGUGUAAUAAACCUAAGUCUUAAUACAUGAUUAAUACCAUAAUUGUACCUAAUUGUUACUUUCUAUUUGCUAGAUAGAAUAAUCAAAUUAGAUUGGGUAUUAAAAUCGAAGUGAAAUUGUGUGAUCUGCAGGGGUGAACGAACGAGUUCUUCGUGUGUGUAAAGUGAAUGUUAUAACAAAGUAAAUUGUUAAAAAAAGUGAGUACGUUAGGUCGGACGAGUGGCCAGCGUGAGUCGGAUGCCGCGUAUCAUGUCGGGAGCAUUGUAAAUUAUCACUAUUGUAUGGUACGGCGAGGUCAUCUGUGAACUGUCGCUGAUUGCUUCAACAUUCACUACUACUAUCGUGACUAAAAUGUAUUCGAAAAUAAUAAAUAACUACGUUGUACUGCACAUUUAUUUUUAUUUUAUUGCAUACUUCGACUUAAAUUUCUGCUAUGUAUAAAAUAAACAUAACAUGAUUAUUUAUUAUGAAGGCUGCACCAAAAACGUAGAGAUGCGAGUUGCGACCGUGCUGCGCUCGCAUCGCCCUUCAGCUCGCGUCGAUAAUCACUUGUGUAGUUAAUUUAAUUUUAAAAUUCGCUUACUAAGUAAGUCAUGUUCAGUCGGCUUGUGGACGCACGAGGAAGAUAUAUGAAUUGUAGUUAUUAACUUUUAUGUAUUAUACAUGCUUUUCCAACAGAAUUGAAUGUAAAAGUAAGUAUAAAAGAAUAAAAAUCAUAUUCAUAGAAACAAUUCUGUGUUUAUUUUUCUGUAAGAUGGUAAAUAUGGGAUAUGUAUUCAGUUAUGUCACAAACCUUGUUCGAAAUUACGAAAAUAUUUGUUAAUUCAUAAUUAAAUAAAGCUUAUUAUAAGAUA